AUGACUUUUAGUUAUCCUUCUGAUGAUCUUUUAGAUCGUUGUGGUUGUGGCAUCCAUAACAAGGAAGACACAACUUUUAGUUGUCCUUCUGAUGAUCUUUUAGAUCGUUAUGGAAGUAAUAUUGAUAUUUUAUGGUCCAGUGUUGGCGAAACUCUUAAAGAAAAGAAUAUUAACAUGGGAAUGAACUACAUACAGCUUAUUUCUUGUGAAGGUGUAAACAUUGGCAAUAUUGGGGAUAAACAAUCAUUCGAGACACAGAUAAAAAAAGGAUCUAGUUUUGAAACUAAAGAUAAGGAGAAUCUAGCUGGUGAUUCAUAUAAAUGCCAACGUACAGAAGGUGAAAAUAUGAAACAUUUGGAUAACAAAAACUUUUUUAAUACUGUAAAAUAUGAUGAUAACAAGAAUGAAUUGGAAAGACAAGCCGGGCAGACAGUACAGUAUGAUGGAAAGAUAUGGGUUGUGGAUAUCACUCCCGGUACAAAUAGUGACUUUAUACAAUCCCUGCCUAAUGACAUAAUGCAUGAGAUGAUGCGGUUUGGAUCAGUGGAAAAGCAAUCUGUUACAGAAAAUGUGAAGGAGCUAAUUGUUAAAUUUAUUAAAGCAGAUGAUUUUCGCAUGAUUGUUGAUGAGAGCCAUAGUGAAACAAGACAAAAUGAUACUUUGAAAUUCGUAUGGGACUUUGCAAAUCUUCUUGCGGAUUCAUUUGAAAGAGAUAACGACCUUGCAGACUCCAACUUGUCCAAACUAGCAUAUCAAGAAAUUUUUCUAGCACCUGCCAUUCAUAGUAAUAACAUAUAUUCAUAUAGUGGUGAAAAACAAUUAUUUGCAUCAUCUGAAGAACUUAAUCUGAAAAAAACCAAUAAAGAAUCUUGUGAUGUUGGAAAUAAGGUCAAUAUUAUUUGGUCUUUAAAAUUGACAGAUCUUGAGUUUAGCAUUGGUGAGGUUAGCAGAUCACCAAACAAGCAUGAUCAUCCUCAUUUUUUCAGUGAUAAAUUAAAGAUCGCUAAGAUGCUGAAGAUCAUAAUCAAUAGAAUUGUACGUAAACACAGUGGUGCAGGUGCAAAGUUAAGCUCAUUAAAAUUAUAUGGGUUACAAAUAUAUAAUAAUGAAACAAUUGUCUACGAGUUGUCAAUCCCUUUUCGAGGGUUGUAUAUUUUUCGUGAGGUCAUGCAGUCAAAAUUGCCAACUAAUAAGGUCGAAGUAGCAUUAAUAUCACAUACCAUACCAAUGUUACUCAAGUUUAGGGAACUACUUAUGCAGAGUCUAAAAGGUCUAAAAGAUUAUAUUGUGGAUGCAUAUAUUAUAUCAAUAGAUUCCACUAUAAAAGAAAAUGAACUUGGUAAAAGUAUCAAAUUGAAUCCAUCAAACUUUGAUGACAUGAUUACAAAGUACCGGUGUGCUACUUAUGCAGGGAAGGAGGAGGUUGGAGUUGAAGGUUUAAGAUUUGCUGCAGAAUUCAGAAAGUUGAUUAGACAAGAAAUUCCUUCAAGUCUAUUAUAA